AUGGCAAGGCCGCACCAUGGAGAUGCUACUCUGUCAAGCUUUUGGGUCACCUUCAUCUUCCUACAACUCCUGCCUGCUGGGAACGGGAAGUCAGAUUUCCGUGUCCUUGGACCUCCUGAGCCACUUCUGGCCAUAGUUGGGCAAGACAAAGAGUUGCCUUGCAAACUGUCACCCAACAUCAGUGCUGAGGGCAUGGAGCUGAGGUGGUACAGGGACCAGCCCUCGCCAGCUGUGCACGUGCACCAGAACGGAGACGAUGUGUAUGAAGAGCAGAUGGUGGAAUACAGGGGAAGGACCACAUUCAUCGGCGACCGUAUGGUCCGAGGAGAGGCCACUGUGAGGAUACAGAACGUCACCAUGUUUGAUAACGGGACUUAUCACUGCAUCUUCAGGGAGCACACAUCCCACAACCAGGCCACCCUGUGGUUGAAGGUGGCAGGGCUGGGUUCAUCACCCGUUAUCCACGUGACUGACACCCAGGACAAAAGCACACGGGCAGAGUGCACCUCAGCAGGCUGGUUCCCAGAGCCCGAGGUGGAGUGGCUGGACCUCAGAGGACAGCCAGUGCCCGCUGAGACUCACUUCUCAGCCUCUGCCAGCACUGGCCUCUUGACUGUGGUAUCCAUCGUGACUGUCCAGGAAAGGACUGCGGAGGGUCUGACUUGCUCCAUCUCUAACCCCCUCUUCCCUGAGAAGAAGGUGGCUGAGACUUACCUGCCUGCUUCCCUGUUCAGAAGACCUCCUUCCACGGAGAGGGGACCAGUUCUACCUCUUAUCCUCACGGCCCUGGGGCUUGUCACAGCAGCAAUUGCCUGUGCCUUCGGGAGAUCGCACAAAGAGGAUAAAAGUGAGGAGGAAGAAGAUGCGGAUCCGGGAUCCGGUGCUGAGGCUGAGCCCUUCCGUGCCAGCCUGUCCCUGGACCCUGAAACUGCAAGUCCCAAACUCAUAGUGUCUGAGGAUCGGAAAAGUGUGAAGCGGUUGCUGUUUGACCAGGACCUGUCUCCCAGUUCCCAAAGAUUUGACCAGGACCCCUGCAUCCUGGCCCGAGAGCGGUUUGAUGCAGGAAGACAUUACUGGGAAGUGGAGGUCGGGGACAGGAGGGCCUGGAUUCUGGGUGUGUGUCUGGAGAGUUUGGGACGAGAAGGUAGGAUCCCCAAGUCCCCUCAGCAUGGUCUCUGGGCACUGGAGUUCUACAAGAAGGAACUCCGGGCCCUCUCCUACCCCAGAACUCGCCUGUCUCCUGCACAACCCCUCCGGCGUGUGGGCAUCUCCUUAGACUUUGAGGCAGGAGAAAUCUCCUUUCACAAUGCGGCCAAUGGCUCCCUGAUCUAUAUGUUCUCUGGGCUGUCUUUUUCUGGUCCCUUACAGCCAUUUUUCUGCCUCUGGACCCAUGACCCCAGACCGUUGACCAUCUGCUCAGUGAUCAGAGAGACCGAAGAAGACCCAGAAUCCUCUGGAGAUGACCCCAGUCACAGUUAUGGCCGCAUAUCUGCUGAGUGGUGGGCACACCCUUUUGCACUGGAAUGCCGCCUCAGAAUGAGAUCAUUGUCUAUAAGGGCUAUAGCAGUUAUACGAGCUUCAUACACAAGGUCCUCAGACACAGAUGAAGAACGCCUAGGGUUUUGGGUUCACAGUCGAGAGCACAGCCAUGGGUGCAGCAUGGUGAACAGUGGUCAAAGUAUACAAUCAUGUAGCAGCACCAUCAAGAGGUCAGAGUCCUUUGCCAUGAAAGUCCCCUGGACUUGUCGGAACUUGAUCCCCACCAUGACUCUACUGCAGACAGCCAUUGCUCUGUGAAGUUUUUUUAUUUUGUUUUGAUUUCCCCUCUCUCAUUCUUGGACUUAAUUUGAAGU